AUGGUCUCCCAACGAGAUCGCGAGAUCCUACGCGACGAUCUGCGUUCCCGCGGCACAAAACUUAGCACUACAGAGCGCGAAUCACUCCUGAAAAGCUACCUUCCCGAUCCCAACGAGCUGGGGUCGAAACCAGCACGGCCCCGAGCUUCGACAACAUCCAGCGAGCGCCGCAAGACACCGCGCAAAACGCCUAUCCGCAGUUUCUUCAAGUCUCAAAUCCACCAUCUUACCUAUGCGCUGAUCCACAUCGUCUUCGGUAUUGCCGUGCGCCUGCUGCAGGCGUACCAUGCUAUUGUCGAUCGUGUUUUCGCUAUUGUGUAUCACCACCACCGUACACCCGAACUAAUUCGCAAGGAUGUUCGGGGUCUGAAGCGAUUGCCACAACACUUGAGUACAAUCCUCACGUUGCGGAAGGAAGAUGACGCCCUUGCCGUGUUGAUGGACGAGGUUGCUGAAUUGGCAGCCUGGAGUUCGUGCGCGGGCAUUCCUCAGCUCAGUGUAUAUGAAAAGACCGGAGUCCUCAAAUCUUGCAUUCCAGCCCUGCACCAGAUCAUCACCACCAAGCUCGCCUCGUACUACGGCACCCCCAGCCAACAACCAAACCUGCAGCUCUACGCCCCUCACCACCCAGUCCACCGCGCCAAUAAUGGUAACAUCAAACCGGACAAUCCCACCCUGACAAUCCUCCUCCUCUCCUCCACAGACGGCCGCGAGACCCUUGUUGACCUUACCAAGACACUGGCGGAGAUGAGCCAGAACGGCAAGCUCUCACCGCAGGAUAUCACACCAGAGCUAGUUGACGCGGAAAUCAGCGAGAUCACCACACAGCCUUUGACUCUGGACUCGGCCCUCACAGACACCGUACUCAAACCGGAACCAGAUCUGUUGCUUGUGUUUGGUCCACUCCUCAAGCUUGAUGGUUACCCACCUUGGCAGAUUCGCUUGACAGAGAUGUAUUGCACUGGCGGGCAUAGCCAUGGGCUCAGUGGAGAUGGGGAGGCUGUUGAAUACCAGGGAUAUAUGCGUGGUCUUUGGCACUUUGCCGGGGCACAGAUGAGAUUUGGAAGGUAG